UUUACUAUAAUGGCUGUUGUGUUCAAGUGCUAUGAAAAGAUCAUAACAUGUACAAUUUAAUUUUCCAGAGUGUACUCUCUAUUCAUUAUGUUGCUUGAUGAUGGCAUGUGCUGAAUUUCUGAUGAAUAAUAGACACAUAUAAAAUAAACAAAACUGUAGUUGAUCAUAUAAAUGCUGAGUGCUGGGGAAUGAGAAGGGUCAACAUUUAUGGAGGAUCGAUUGUGCCAUAUCUUUAAUUUUUUCUGUCAAUGUAUCUUUUAUUUUUAAUGCCAAUCUAUUGGUCAAUACAUUAAUUUAUAUUGUUAAAAAAAUACAAUAUAGUAUUCAAUGUAUUAUUCAAAACAAUUUGCCAAUAUUUAUUUAAUAAUUUAUUCAAAUAUUUAUGCAAUUAUUCGAUUGAAAGAUAGAAUGCAAGAUAGAAUGCAAGAUAGAUUGCAAGAUUGAAUGCAAGAUAGAUUGCAAGAUAGAUUGCCGAUUUGAAGGGUUCCAUAUGCAAAUUGGCCACGUUCUGAUUGGUCUGCGGUAACUGCUGCUGAAGUUUUCAAAUGAAGAGAUCUAAAGAAACGUCCAGAAAACUGAAGAGAGUGGAGUCAGCAGUAUGAGGAAUCUCUCCGCAAUUUUGAGGGAAGCAGCCGACAGGUUGGAAAGGCAAGAUGGAGGCUCAGGCGCCGGAGCUGUCAGCAAUGCUAACUCUGGGGGCUCGAGCAGCACCAACGCUGGAGUGGACAGCCCUGUCAUUUCUGAAGUGAGGAGGCUUUUCCAGCCCUACUCAGUGAGGUCCCCAAGAACCUCCUUCGCCCCAAGGAGGAGGUCAGCUGUCAUGGCUCAUUCCUCCUACACUCACACCUUCUGUUGCCUUGCCAGUUGCUCUCAGGCAGUCGUGCCCAGUCGCUGUGAAAAAGAGCAACUGGCAAGGGCAGGCCUUGGAGAGAAGCGGCUGCAUUUUCAGGGAAAUGAAAACAGUUCUGAAGAACUCUCGGUUUCAGUACUGGAAACUUUCCCCAAGCUUGCCUCCUGUGGGGGGUUUGAACUAAUGAGGGUCAUUGGGGCAAGUCGGAGCAGAGACCUUGUUGUAUUGCCCUGCAUUGGGACUGGGUAUACAACAAGGUUUCUUAGAAGUCCUGAAGCAGCAGUGGGGCAGGCCAUUCUCUAUGUCCGGCCACUGCAGGAGGACAUUGCACUGGAGGUUCAUGAUGAACCAGCUGGUGGACCUCUGGUGCAAUGUCUCCGAUGUAACACCAUGGUGCAGUUUGAGAUGAUGAGGGCUCACAUGGCAACCUGCAGGCAAGGCUCAAGUGGCUCCACUGACAUGGAAGAAGCAGGUGGGAGUGGAAUGGUCAUUCACAACACUGCUGAGAGAAGGCAAGAGUCGAGUGGCUCUACUGACGCCGAAGAAGCAGGUGGGAGUGGAAUGGCCAGACGCAACACUGCUGAGAGGAGGCAAGAGUCGACCGGCUCUACUGACGCCGAAGAAGCAGGUGGGAGUGGAAUGGCCAGACGCAACACUGCUGAGAGAAGGCAAGAGUCGACCGGCUCCACUGCCGCGGAUGAAGCAGGUGGGAGUACGCCCAACACAGCCGAUACAGACUGGAAAACUACAGAAGAUCCUUUCAAUGCAUCAGCACUGUAUCGUGACAUGAUCAUGAAGGAACAUGAGAAAGAACUAACAUUGCAGAUCACUUUGGACCUUCGAGAUUGUCCUGCAAGUCGCGACAGGGCCCUAUUGAGGUUUUACAAAAAACCCAGCACAUGGGCUGGGCCUUUGCACUGUGUGCUUUUAGGUGAUGCUGCUGUGGGGGAUGGCGUAAAUAGACACGUGUUGUCUAUGGCUAUGGACAGAGUCCAGCAUGGCUUUCACCUCAAUCUUGAGAAUACUGCCAAAACAUUGCUCUUUGAGGGGGAGCCUGGGCAUUUGGUCCCAUCAACUGCUCGAAGCCUGUUGGACAAUGAUUUAUUCAAAGUUGCUGGGAGGAUAAUUGGCCACUGUUUCAUUCAUAGUGGUCCCAAGUUUGCCCCUGCGAUCUUGCAUGCACUUGUCGGAAACCCACUGGAGACUGCCACAGUGACGUUGCAAGACUGUGCAGACGUAGACAUCAGGACUGUAAUUGAGAUGUUGGAGGGCUCUGCAACACUCACAGCAGAACAGCAGUCAGAAGUGACUACUUUGGCGCUGUCCUGGGAUCUCCCAGGUCCAACUUCAACCAAUAGGCGUUGGCUGAUGGAGAAGCUGCUCAUUCAUGCUGUGCUAGGAAGAACUCUGCUACAGGUGAAACAGAUGAGAAGGGGCUUGAAAGAGGCUAAGGUCUGGCCACUAAUUGCUGAAAGACGCAACCUAGUUAGUAUCCUGUUCCCCAGAACUUCAGCAGAGGUGUACACUCCACAGAUGAUACUUGAUGUAAUUUCCUGGCCUGGUGAUAAUAAUGAUGAUGAUGAUGAUGAUGACGAAGACUGUGAUUUGGAGACAAAAUGUCAAAUGGCCAGUUUCCUGAGAACAUUCAUCGUAACAAGUUCUUCACAACAACUUAUUAACCUCAUUAAGUUCUGGAGCGGGUGGGAAGUUCUCCCCAGAGAGCUGAUCGUGGUUGUCUCACAGGACGUAACGUAUCCGGUAUCGGCUACAUGUUUUGACACUCUGAAACUUCCUGGACACUACAUGGAUUAUGACCAGUUUGCGAAAGAGUUAACAGCAGUCAUAGGAACAUGGGAACAUGGAUUUGGCCUCAUAUAGAUUGUUGUGCACCAAAUGCAAUCAUUUGCUCAUUUAGAUGUAAUUGAAUAUUAUUUAGAAUAAUUAUAUAUCUAUUGUAACUAUAUAUUUGUAAUAAUACAUUCCAGAUCCCAAUGUAUUUUUUAGCUUCAAAGAAAUAAAA